AUGGUUCAAAUUAGUUUAAAUUUUUCAUCAACUAAACCAUCAAAAUCAACACGUGCAGCAGCACGUAAAAGUAAACAAAUUGAGAAAUUAUUACACUUAUUACAUUCAAAGAAGAGAUCUUUAAUUGACAUAGUAAUGUCUCUUGCACACCUCGUUGGUGAACCAGUUGGUCGUGGUAAAAAGAUUAAAAAAAAUAAAAAUAAUGUUUCCAAAUCCGACUCAUCAUGCUCAUCAUCAAGUUUAUCAUCGGAUCAUGACUAA